UUCUAUCGCUCCUCAUCCGCCGCCCAUCAACACCAGGUGGUGGACAGAAUGGGCGUAGAAGAUGGAGGCGGAAUGAGAAGGAGAAGGCUGUGCGGCCCUUUGUGCACAAAGGACGACUUCCUCCCCCAGGAAUCCUUCAAGUCCUGGGCCAAUUACGUCAAUGCGCUCAAGCAGACUCCCUCCCGGUUUGCGGAACGGGUAUUCACCCGCUCCCACGACGGAGCCGAGCUGGCCGCCACAUCCCGGAGCAACCACCAGAUGAAGAAGACUCUCUCCUGGUGGGACCUGCUGUGGUUUGGGAUGGGAGCCCUCAUCGGCGCCGGAAUAUUCGUCCUCACGGGCCUCGAGGCUCGGAAAGAUGCCGGCCCCGCCGUCGUCCUCUCCUACGCCGUCUCCGGUCUCUCUGCUUUGCUUUCCGCCUUCUGCUACACGGAGUUCGCCGUUGAAAUCCCUGUUGCAGGUGGGUCAUUUGCAUACUUAAGGGUAGAACUUGGUGACUUUGUGGCCUUCAUCGCUGCCGGUAACAUCCUUCUCGAGUAUGUGAUUGGGGGAGCAGCAGUGGCUAGAUCAUGGACAUCUUACUUGGCCAGUCUCUGCAAUAAGGAGCCCAGUUCCUUCCUCAUAAAAGCUCAUGGUUUGGCAGAAGGCUAUGACAAGCUUGACCCCAUUGCAGUUGGCGUAUGCAUAGCAAUAUGUAUGGUUGCAGUGCACAGCACAAAGGGCUCCUCCCGUCUCAACUACAUUGCCUCUAUUGUCCAUAUAACCGUGAUUUUAUUCAUCAUAGUGUGUGGACUAAUCAAAUCCAAUUACAAGAAUUAUACACCCUUUAUGCCAUUUGGUCCACGGGGGGUUUUCAAGGCAGCAGCAGUGUUGUUCUUCGCCUUUGUUGGAUUU